GAAGCGAGGAAAGACCGUUGUGUGUUGAUUUCGCUCAUGAGGAUAUUGACGCGCGUUCAUCCGAUCUGCUUUGGUAAGCACUUUUGAACACAUUUGGAGAAAUGUAAGGAUUAGAAACACACUUCGCCUGCAGCAGUGAGUGAGGAAGCGUUGGAGAGCAGCAUGACGAACGAGACGGAGACCGCAAGAGUGGCCUGCGCUCCGGACAUCAGGACAGAAUAUGAGCUGGGACCGGCUGUUACCUGCUCGCUCUGCUUCGCUCUGGCGCUCAUUUACUGUUUCUGCGGUUACCGCUGUUUUAAGACGGUGCUGUUUGUGUCGGGCCUGGCGUGGGGCGCUGCUGUGGGACAGCUGCUGUGUGUGCAGGAGCGUCUGCUGGACGGCUGGACGCGGGCGAGCGUCUCUCUGGGCGUGGGUCUGCUGGCGGCGCUCGUGGCGGUGCUGGUGCGCAGCGUUGGGCUCUUCCUCACCGGCCUCCAGCUGGGAGCGCUGCUCUCCGGCGCCGCCCUGCUGCUGCUGGGACAGUAUUACCCCGUGCUCAGCCCGCCGUGGGCCCCUGUCGGCGCGGUCGUAGGAGCCAGUGUCUUCUGUGCCGUCAUCACUCUGUGCUGGAGGAAGGCCAUGAUGGUAGCUGCUACGGCUUCGGUCGGGGCCGCGGGGGCCACGGUGUGUGUGGGUUACUGGGUGGAGACGCCUGUGCUGGUGCUGCGGGCGUUUGAGGGUCUGAAGACACAACAGGGCUUGUGCUGGCACAGCUGGCCGGUGAUUGGGAUUUGGCCUGUACUCACAGCACUGGGGAUGCUGGUCCAGUGCAGAAUCACAGCGCAUGCUGACGUGUGUGUGACGGGUGAACAGAAGCAGCUGGAUCUGACGAGGAUCAGACAGACGCGUGGCCGCAGACCGCCGGCCCUCCAGCGCUACACGGGAGACGUGCUGGCCCCGAGUUAUCUGGCGAGUCUGCGAGAGCGGCAGACACACACGGGCUCCUCGCUCUGGAGCUUGAGCUCCGUUCAUCACGUCAUGAUCGACUUUGAUUCUGAGACGGGAUCGCUGGUGCCUCUCACAACCUCAGCGUCGGCUCUUCUCAGACUGUGAAGCAAUCGCACGUGAUCUCAGAGGAAUCAUUACUCCGCUGAUCUGAGUCUGCAGUUCACCUCAGCUGCAUGCAAACACACUUACUUUACAAAUAGCUUCAGUCUUAUUCACAAGACACUGAUUAUAUUGAGAUGUUUAUUAAAGCUUGUCUCAGAGCGUGGUACGGCUGUAUGUGGACACCGCACUUAUACAGGGCUUCUGCAGGUCUGAGAGAGGGUUCAAAGAGUC